UUUCCAGCAGUAUUAUAUAUUGUCUUCUUCUAUAAUCUCGUUGGUUCCACAAUUUAUUCACACAAUUCGCACUCUCAAUAAAUUAAUUACGAUUAAAUCUUAAUUUUGAAAUCACUAGAACAGUAAGAAAUGCCGCAACAAUUUUGGUUAUUUAUCCUCGCUGUUAAUGCCGUGACCUUGCUCGUCUUCUAACCAUGUACGACGGAUUUAGAAGCUUGGAUGCACACGGCUCAACUGAUCAGGAUCCCGUCAUCCGUUAUCCAUGCCAACUCUUCUGACAUGCACGUCGACUAGGUUGUUGCUCGCACUUUCUCCUUGAUUUAAUUUCUUGUUAAGAAGUCCCGUUUGUAGGAAGAAUAUCUAGGCUAUAUUUUUUACGUUAGCUUCCGAUUCCUAGCUAAUAAGUCUUUAUUAAAAUCACUAUUCAGUGAAGUAUUACUUGAUAAAAGAUUUGGAAGAAUCACUAUUGUCUUUCCUGAUAUUAAAUGAUUUGUCCAUUAUCAUGGUGCUCCCUCCAUGUUUAUAAUCGUUGAACAUUGUUGUUACAAUGUAUACAUAUGUUAAUUUUUCGAUAGGUGUACACAUAUUUACUUUAAAAAAUUUAUUUUAUUUAAUUGCCGUUUAUUAUCAAGGUCUUUAUGUCUUCAUCAUGACAAGUUCAUUAUAACUUAUAAAAGUCGUCAGGUUAGCGAUUUUUAAACAAUCAUGUUUUAUACGUUUUAUAUAAUUUAUAUAUACACAAACAUACACACACAUACGUGUAACAUCUACUUAUUCAUAAUGAGUUAAGUUUGGAAUUAUCCAACGUCGAUUCAAACUCUGAACAUUGUACUUAGAUUUGCUUUAUUAUCUAGAACUUAUUGUUGUUAGACUCACAAUCAGUCUAAGAUUAGUCUAAAGAAAAAAGAAGCAAUUUGGUUUGAUAUCGAAGAAGAUAAUAGUAAAGUUGUUUGAGAUUAGUUGGCUUAACAGUAUACGUGUACAAUAAGAAGUAGACGUUCGGAAUCCGUCAAAGCAGAAACAUUACCUUUUUAUCGUGUCAUGAAAAAAUUUCUUAUUGCUCUAAUAGAAAGCUCGGUUCUUCAACUUAUUAUGUUCUUCCUCUUCCAUCGAUAAGAAAAAAAGAAGAUACACUAAGCUGUGCCUUGAGAGAGAAAGUCGUUGGAAAAAUUGUUUAAAGAACGACGUACACGUUGUACACGCGAGUUUUCAGUUAUUUUUUCUCAUGAGUGCUGAGUAUUGUGAACAGAAAGAAUAGCGACGUUUUCAAAGCACAGAGAGAGAGAGAGAGAGAGAUAGAGAGAGAGAGAGAGAGAGACAGAGAGAGAGGGAGGAGAAAGAGAACGAUGGCAAUGAUCGGAAGGAGCGGACGAUUUAUAGUUCAAAGGCUAUUACCGUGACCGGAUGUUCGCAACUAACUCUCUCGUUGUUGGAUCCACCUCUGACUUUGCUCGUGAAGCUAACACGCUCAAUUUAGAUUGACUAUGAACGACUGUCAGUAAAAGGAAUGUCACAGUACUCUCAUGUAUACCUACGAGAGGAAUUUUCAUCAGAGAUCAACUUAUAAAAAUUCUUCAAACUGGACCAAUAUGGAUCUUCGGAAGAACAUUUUUAUUUGUCGUGAGCAUGUUGUACAUUUAUAUGUUCUGUUUACAUCGAGAGAUUAAAUUAAAUCGUAUAAAUUCCAUUUAAUAUCAAUCAUACAAUUAACUAUAAUGUUCAAUUAUUUUAUGCUUAAUAUUAUAAAAUAAUGGAAUAAGAAAAAUAAUGAAAUAAGAAUAAGAAAAAAUUAAACCAACUUUCUUCUUUUAUGCGAAAUGUGAAAAAAAAACUAUAGAUUGAUCUUAGAGAUUUAAAAAUUCAGCAAAUAAAGAAACGAGAAUACGAUAUUACAUAAUUUUUUGUAUGUAAUUUCUAAUAAUUAAUUAAACAAAAUAACGUGACGCAUUUUUAAUGUUACAACAAGCGUCCAACUUUUUCACAUACACACAAUUUUGCCAACAUAUUUGAAUCUUUUCUAUUAAAGAUUGUACGUCGCAAAAAAAUAAGAGAAAACAAAUAUUUCGACCGAUUUGAAUGGAUUUAUGAGCAUACGUAUAUAUGUACAUACAUGUAUACUUUACGCCUACGAUAAAUGUCGUAUUUCUUCAGAAACGUUGAAUGAGAACGAACAAUGAAUCAUUCUACGAAAAUUUUGUUGACAGAUCAGAUAGAAAGAGUUGUGAUUAUUAACGAAGUCAUUCCUUGACCGGUUUUUGACUCAGAUGGUUGUUUCUUUAUCUACUUGCAAAGAAAAGAAAAAGACAAAGAGACGAAAAGAAGGGGUUAUUGAGUGAGGAGACAAACAAGGAGGACAAACAUCCUUUCAAGGAGGAAAUACACAGAAGAAUAACACAGAUUCCUUACGAUUGUCAUUCGCUUUCUUCGAAGUCUAGUACAGCGGACUCUUAUCCUCUUUGUUAUUCGCUUUUCUUUUCUUUAUAAAGUGGGAUCUAUGAAGACGAACGCUUGCAUGUGUGAGAAAGAGAAAGAGAGAGAGAGAGAAAAAGAUAAAAAGAGAGGGAGAGAGAAAGAGAGAGAAAGAGAGAGGGAUAGACGAGGAGAGAGCCAGCUGCUUCGAUAAUAAAAAGCGUUGAGCCGAUUAAAGGGUAACGUCAGUCGAUGUUGUUCCUUCCUCCCUCUUGUAUUGAUCAUUGAUGUGAAAUUCGCAUAAGUUCAUUCGUUUUCGUGCACGGGAUUUAUUUAUUUUUCUUUGAAGAAUUUUAAAAAUAGUCGACAUAGGUCAUGCCAGUGAAAGAGUGGUUCAGAAAGCUACAGCCUGUACAGCUGUACUUGGUGGUAUUCUUCACUGUGGCAUUCUUUAUCAUUGAGAUGGUAGCCAGUCAUGUUACACACUCGUUAACGUUACUUCUCAACGCCUAUCAUAUGCUUUGUAACAUCAUUGCAACCCUCGGCUGUCUCGUUUCGAUCAAGUAUGCUCCUCGUGAAAGUUACAGAGGUGUUUACAAUAGUACGAGCAGUUCUCUUGGGGAUUCAGUGAUUUGUUUGGAUGGCCAGGAACAUGGUUCGAAUACUUCUUUAUCGACGAAGACAAAGCAAUCACGAUCGGACAGGAGAAUGAAGAAUAGUUUUGGAUGGGCUAGGAUCGAUAUCCUAACAAUGCUAAUUUGUUGCAUUCUCUUAGCUUCCUUCUGUUUCUCUCUCGUAGUCGAGGCGUUACAAACGUUGGUCCAUAUAGAUCAUCUCGAUGAGAUGCAUCAUCCGAUGGCAGUACUCUGCAUCGGGGUAGCCGGUAUUUUUCUCAACAUUUUUUGUUACAUUCUCAUUGGUGGAUUUACAUUUAAUCAAGGAAUAUUGUUGCAUGUCACCAAUAAUGGGGACGUCAUAUUUAGAAGGGAUAUAAAAUCACAACCAGAAACGGAAGGCGAACAACGAUUAGCAGCACAAACUAGAAGUUCUUUAGUUGUCCCAAGGAGUCAAGGAUUUCGAAGGAUAUGCCGUGACGUUCUCGGUUGCAUUUUUGUCAUGCUUGUAUCGAUAUUAGUGUACUUCACUGAUUCAGACGUAGCCAAAUAUUUAGAUCCCGUUUUUGCCAUUAUUUCAUCGAUAUCACUCUUAGUUCUGAGCUAUCCGUACAUGAAGGAAUCUGGUUUGAUACUACUACAAACCAUUCCAAAUCAUAUUAACAUCGAUUCCCUGAAAAAAGAACUACUUGAAGCUUUUCCAGGCAUUGUCAAUGUUCAUGACUUUCAUGUCUGGCAAUUAACAUCGCAAAAGAUUAUAUUAACAGUGCACAUAAUAUUUUUAGAUCCGAUGGUUUAUGCCAGUAUUAUUGAUCAAAUAACAGCGUUUUUUAUUGAAAUGGGUAUAACGCAAGUCACUAUACAACCAGAAUUUCAUAAGAUGAAGCCGACAACGGAUAAAACUGAUUGUUUGAUUCGUUGUCACGGUGAACUGUGUAGUUUGUCGCAGUGUUGUACAAGAGAAAAGCUUGGACAAAAAUCACCUUCCGAAGAGUCAUUGAAACACGUACACGUGAUCAAUAAGAAGUUUGAGAAAAAGGAGAUCAUACCUGCUUCACCGAUGAUAGAUUUAAAAAAAUUUGUGAUACACGAUGACGAGAGCCCAAAAUUGGCAUCUCCUACGACGAGUGGACUAAACAAUAGUGAGCCAUGCCAAUCAAAUGAUAAACAAGUACAAAGCAAAAAAGAUAAUGUUGACGACAAAAGUUCCUAUUCGGUAAGCGUGGUCGUUAAUGAUCAAAAACUUAUUGCUAAUGACUCGAGUCACGAUACCGUACCGUAAGUUUAUCCUUUUCUCGGUCGAGAAUUGUUACUUGGCCUGCAUUAUUUUUUAUCCUUUUUUUUUUUUGGAAGAAUCUUCCAACGAUAAGACUGUAUUUUAGUAUUAAGUAUUUUUAAUUGUGCAUAGAUAAAAAAAUCCUAUCGAUUAUCUAUCGAUUCAAACGUAAAAAUAGAAAAAGAAGAAACAAAAUAGAUGGAGACAGAACGAAAAUUAAUUUACGUCGGAUUUUUAUAGUUUAUAUUGUUAUAGUUUAUAGUUAGUAUUAGAGAUAGGAAUAUUUUAUAAAUAUAGUACAAACGAUUAAUUUUUCACUUACAAUCCUAACGUACGAAUUUAUGUUAAUUGUUUUUUCUUUAUUUUUGACUAAUUCAAGUGAGGAAAUUCGACUACAAGACUUAUUGUAGCUUGACAAAUUGUAAAUUGAAAUAAAUGUUUGUUAAAAAGUCAAA